CGCAGCGCUGGGCAAGUCGCGGAGUCGCCGCUGCAGCCGCCGGACGGGACGGGUCGGGACGCGCGUGUCCCCCGGGCCCCGCCGCUGGCAUGGGCGCGCUGGCCCGGGCGCUGCUGCUGCCGCUGCUGGUCCAGUGGCUCCUACGGGCAGCUUCGGCACUGGCCCCGCCACCCUUCACGUUGCCCCUACGGGUGGCCACGGCCGUGCCCCGCGAGGCUUCGCCCACCCCAGGGGCCAGGGCCGCCUCAGUGCCGCCCGCCAAGCCCCGUGCAGACGGCCUGGCGCUUGCCCUCGAGCCUGCUGGGGGCGCGGCCAACUUCUUGGACAACCUACAGGGGGACUCGGGCCGUGGCUACUACCUGGAGAUGCUAAUUGGGACCCCUCCGCAGAAGCUGCAGAUCCUCGUUGACACCGGAAGCAGUAACUUUGCUGUGGCAGGGGCCCCUCAUCCUUUCAUAGACUCAUACUUUGACACCGAGAGGUCCAGCACGUACCACUCCAAGGGCUUUGAGGUCACUGUGAAGUACACGCAAGGCAGCUGGACAGGCUUCGUGGGAGAGGACAUGGUUACCAUCCCAAAAGGCUUUAACAGUUCUUUUCUCGUCAACAUUGCCACUAUUUUUGAGUCCGAAAAUUUCUUUUUGCCUGGGAUUAAAUGGAAUGGAAUACUUGGACUUGCUUAUGCUACUCUAGCCAAGCCAUCAAGUUCUCUGGAGACAUUCUUUGAUUCCCUUGUGGCCCAAGCCAAGAUCCCCAAUGUUUUCUCCAUGCAGAUGUGUGGAGCAGGAUUGCCAGUGGCCGGUUCUGGUACCAACGGAGGUAGUCUUGUCUUGGGUGGAAUUGAACCAAGUUUGUAUAAAGGAGACAUCUGGUAUACACCCAUUAAGGAAGAAUGGUAUUACCAGAUAGAAAUUCUAAAACUGGAAAUCGGAGGCCAAAGCCUUAAUCUGGAUUGCAGAGAGUAUAACGCAGACAAGGCCAUCGUGGACAGUGGGACCACGCUCCUGCGGCUGCCCCAGAAGGUGUUUGAUGCAGUGGUGGAAGCUGUGGCCCGCACGUCUCUGAUUCCAGAAUUCUCUGACGGCUUCUGGACAGGGGCCCAGCUGGCAUGCUGGACUAAUUCCGAAACACCUUGGUCUUACUUUCCUAAAAUCUCCAUCUACCUGAGAGACGAGAACUCCAGCCAAUCAUUCCGCAUAACUAUCCUGCCACAGCUUUACAUCCAGCCCAUGCUGGGAGCUGGCCUGAAUUAUGAGUGCUACCGCUUCGGCAUCUCUCCUUCCGCGAACGCGCUGGUGAUCGGUGCUACGGUGAUGGAGGGCUUUUACGUCAUCUUUGACAGAGCUCGGAAGAGGGUGGGCUUCGCCACCAGUCCCUGUGCAGAAAUUGCAGGUGUUUCGGUGUCUGAAAUUUCUGGGCCUUUCUCAACAGACAACAUAGCCAGCAACUGUGUCCCUGCCCUCCCUCUGAAUGAACCCAUUCUCUGGAUCAUCUCCUAUUCGCUCAUGAGUGUAUGUGGGAUCAUCCUUAUUGUCUUAAUCAUCCUGCUGCUACUUCCAUUCCGAUGUCGGCAUCGCCCCCGAGACCCGGAGGUCGUCAAUGAUGAGUCUUCACUCGUGCGGCAUCGCUGGAAAUGAACCCAGCCCAGCACCUGGCUAACCUUGAACUCAGCUAUGAUUGAGAAUGAUGCCUCAAGUGCAACAGGCAGGGGUAUGAGGCCCAGGCUUCCUCCUGUAUCCAUGAGUCUUAAAUCACUGUUCUGCUCCCAGAUGCCUUCCAGAUUCACUGUAUUUUGAUUCUUGUUUUUAAAGCUU